AUGUCAGCAGAUGCUAGUUACUACCCAAUGCGGCCGGCCUUUGAACUGCAACUAGGCACAACGCUGCUGGAGGGAAUGGCCGCAAUUGGCCGCUUUGACGGCACCACACCAUCACUCGCCUGCGCAACAGGAACACAACGUGUCGUUGUCCACACACGUGCGACUCACGGAACAGCAGCAGCAGCAGCAACAACAACAGCCGUAGAUCCCGUGCGUACACUUAACUUUGGCAGACCUCCAACAGCACUCGCGGUGGGACGUGUGCGGGAUACGGCGGGAAGAACAAAUGUGGAUGCGUUGUACGUUGGUGCGGCCACCUCGCUGCUGGCGUAUGAUGUGGAGCGUAAUACCGAAUAUUUCUUCAAGGAUGUGGAGGACGGUGUGCAGGCGGUGGUGUGUGGAGUGAUGAACACAACAAAGGGAUCCAAUGACGGCGGUCUCCCCGCAUCAUUGGCCGUCGUAGGUGGUAACUGCACUAUUAACGGGUUUGAUGAGAGUGGGGAGGAGGUAUUGUGGACUGUAACAGGUGAUCAAGUGACUUCCCUAAUGCUUAUGCCAUGGGAGGCCAAUAAUAAUGAGAAGAGUAACUCUCAUCGUAACGCCAAACCAGCUUCUACUACUGUUGAUAAUGAACAACGUCCACUGGUGUUAGUAGCCGCAUCAGAGGAUUUUGAAUUACGUGUAUUUGAUGGAGAAGAAACUAUUGCUAGUAUUACAGAAGUAGAUAGAGUAAAUCAACUUGUAUAUAGUGGUACACCAGGUCGAUUUGCUUACCUUACCGCUAACGGCACUGUGGGUGUAUACAAUCGUACCGAACGUGUCUGGCGUGUGAAGGGAAAACACCGCCCUGUCUCCGCCGCCUUUUGUGAUGUUGACUUUGAUGGCGUGCCGGAACUUAUCGUUGGAUGGAGUAACGGCCGUGUGGAGGUGCGUGGAGAUGAUAAUGAAAAACGUGGAGUGUUAUUCCGAGACACCUACACAACACCCGUUAGUGCCGUGCUCGCAUACGAUUACCGACAGAAUGGACAACCACUGCCAAUUGUAUGUACAGUGGAUGGAACCGUACGUGGUCUGGAGUUGGCAAACACAAAGGAUGAAAAACAGGAGGUGCUGCGUAAUCGAGAAACAUUUAAACUGGAUACACUGAGACGAGAACGUGAGGCAUUGGCUGCGGAACUCCUUAGUUUAGAGGAACAACUAGAUAGACAACUUAAAGGGGAUACAGAUCUAACAUUACCUCAGGCAGGCACAGUGGUACGACAUAAGUUAAUACCGAAUCAAAGAUCUAGAAAACUUGAUGUUGUUUUUACAGUACAUCAUGGUCAUCAUGAUACAAUUAUUCAAGGUUGUGUUCUACACAGUGAGAAGGCCUUUCCUGGUAAGGAGUACAUGUUUUUUACUCUUGAAGAUCCACAACCAACAAUAGUUUGCUCUUUUGCUGUUGUUCAUGGUGUGGAAGCACAAGUGAAGGCAUCUGUAAUGGUUGGUGCUACAAAUGCGGAUAAUUAUCAAAUACAUGAGGUUUCUUUUACCAUUUCAAGAUUUAUUAUGUGUCAACCUAGAGGAAAAGAGGAUGAUCCAAUUCCAGAACCCACAGGAUAUGUAAUACUACAAUUAUCUGAAGAUUUUUCUUUCUCUAAAUUGCAUACAUGGUUAGAGAAAACAUUUCUACUUUCUAAUCCACCUGAUACUUCAGUAGACUUUCGUGUUACACUAGUGGACUUGCGAGAUGAUAGUGGAUUAGUUAUUGAAGGACAUCCAGAUCAUCAUGAACUGUAUAUACGUGGACAAACAAUGGAGGUAUGUGGAGAUGUGGUGGAGAGUCUUGGUCUAUCUACUGUGAGUGAAGCCACGGCAUCCUGUCACUUCCCUGAAGAGAUGCAGGAACUUCAAUCUACACUUGACCGUGUGGAUGAACUUAAUGCGGUACGGUUAAAACUGAAUAGCAAUAUGGCGGAUGCGGCGGCAAGUGUGAAGCCGUUACUUAUUCGUGCAGAAGACUCUAGACUCAUUUCAGAUAUGGUUAGCAUGCGACGAUUCUAUGCACAACUGUAUGAACUAGACAAGGAACUUAUCGGAGAAAACAUGAAACGGUGUAAUAAUUAUACGGCGUUGAAAGCAGCAUUGAAACAUAUUAACAUCUUUAUAAUGAGAGCAGGAAGACUGCGAAUAGGAGAGGCCAAGACAAGUCUCAUUGCAGAGUGCAGAGAGUCUGUGAAAACAGGUGAGACCCGGUCGUUGCUGAAUCUCAUCCGUACUGGGAAGAAGUGA